AUGGGAAAAUAUCUUGAAUCUGCGGCGAGGCUGGAGGAGCUAUCGCGUAUUGUGUCAUCUGCCAAGCCCAAUAUCAGGCUGAAGGGAACACUACCCAGAUCGCCCAACCGUGUGGCCACACCUCGAAGCGCGACCCCAAUUGGUGUUAAGGUCGAACCUGGGAAAAAGAUGGAACCUUUGGAAGAAUGUCGGACACCCCUCGCGAAGGUUGUCGCCGACUGCGCCAAGCGGUGGUUCCAGGACACCCUCAAGGAGGCCAAAGCUGGGGACACUGCCAUGCAGGUUUUGGUUGGUCAAAUGUAUAACUCUGGCUAUGGUGUUCCAAGGGAUCCCAAAAAGGGACAUGUUUGGAUUAGUAAAGCGUCAAGAAAUCGAAAUUCAGUUUGGAAAGUGUGCGAUAAACGGCCAGGUUACAGAGCAAGUGAUUCAGAUUCAUGUGAUCUGGAGAACAAACAAUGA